AUUUUUUAACUUGUACUAGAUUCGCUUCUAAAAUACCUGUUUUACCUAUUCAGACAAAGAUUGUUUACUUUUGUGUACACAAAAAAAGCCGACGUCACCCCUCACAUUAUCAUAGCGGUACAGUACGUUUGUUAUCUAACCUAGGUUUUUGUAAAUCGAUAUCUACCCAAAGAGAUAGCAAAUGUGUAAUGUUAAAAUAUGCGCAUAAUACGGUUGAAUUUAACAGAUAAGUUGAAUGUAGCAGAUAAAUACUCUAUAUUGUUUGUUACAUAAGUAGUUUAGAUGAUUAACCAUUUAAACAGCAGCUAUGUUUUCUACGAGAUACAAGGACCUAAAAUUUGACGACGAAAAAUCAACGAUCGAUGAGCUCGUAAGUAAAGAAAAGUUACCAAUUUCUGUAAGGAUAUGCCAAACAGGAAGUCGAACAACGCUAAUUGAUAUUCCAAAAGGAACAGAAAUUCUUUUUCAACAGACGUCGAAAGAACUUUUUGCACAUGUAAAAGUUUUGCAAUUUUAUGAUAAUGAAAAGAUUCAAAGACAUAAAGGUGCAGAAUAUGUGUUAGAGCAUGAUACAUUUGUAGGAAAUGAAUAUCUUAUGCCACUGGAGUUUCCAGGAUACGUUAAGCUAGUGCGUAGACCCGGAAGUCGUGGAAGAUAUCUAACAAUUAAACAGGUUAUCGAUGAUUGUCCAGCAUUUGUGAAAGUUGAACAAGAUGCAGAGGCAUUUCUUACAAAUGACAAGAAACAAAAAGUCACAAUCAAGGCAAUGGCAAUUUUAGAACUUAAGAACAUACUUCACAGUUAUUCGGGUAUUCAUACGGAAGCAGAAUUCAGCGAUGGUAUUCAAACAUAUACAUUUAGUGAGAACGAUAACGUUAAUUUUACAAUCGUGGAAAAGGAUACUCUGUAUAGUCUGAACUCACUGCCUCAAAUUAAUUUGCUCCCGAAAGUAAUUGUAUUCCAUGAAAUAACUCCACAUAAUAUUGCAUUGAAAGACGUUACGUUAAGAAGUGCUAUGUGUACAAUAGUGGAAGGGCCGAUUGAGAUAUUAGAUUUUGUAAAUGUUGAAUAUCUCACUUGCUGGACAAGACAAAAACGCCUGAAGACUUUUGAAACAGUAUUAAUUCCGAGACAGUUGUGGAAUAAAGUUUCUGCUCAGAAACGUUGUUUACACAGUGAGGACGAUAGAGAGAAACACUUAACGAAAAAGUUCGGAUCCUGUUUACGUUCACAAUUCGUAUCGAAAUCACUUUAUUUUAUGCAAAAUGAUGCUUCAGAAGUAACUUGGCUAAGAUGUCCUGAAUUCUUCAAACAACACCUGGAGGGGAAUACUUUGUAUGACGUUAUCAGACUGCCUUUCUAUGAUUCCUCGGAUGAUGAAAACAUCUAUCAAGACAUUGAAGAACCAGUUCCAAGAAUUCCAGAAAGAGGGAAUACUGACUCUAAGAUAAUUACGUCAGUGAUAGAUGAUCGUAAGAAAAUGUUUGGAAAUAUGCAAGCAUCCAUCAGAGCCAAUACAGGCGAGAAAGGCAUGCCUCCUAAAUACAAGAAAUCAACUGAAAUGGUAGAGACGGAAAUUAUAGGGAGUACCAAGCAAGAAAAGAUACUGGCAGGGGAUCAGCUACAAAGAUCAUUGCCCUCCAUUCCAGAAAGAAAAAAUACUACUCGUGAUAACAAAUAUACCAAACUAGAAGUCACAAAACCUUCGAGAGUUUAUGAGUCGUUAGAUGUUUAUGGUGAUUCGUUGCCGUUGGGAUACUCGAAAAACAUACCUGACAAAUCGCAACAAUAUCUUGAAGUUGGACAAGUGAAAAAAGUCCUACAAGAAAACCAAACCGAGGAAGACUUUUACAACUAUACUGUCAAAGAAGUUUCAUUUUGUUUUGAGCACUGCGGAUUGAAAAGCCUUGCUGAUAUAUGCUAUGAUAAAAAAUUAGAUGGUUCCUUCUUCAGAGGAUUUAGUGAUUGGCAAGAGCUAAACUUGUCUAAUCUGGAUGUUAUUAUACUGAAGAAAAUGAUUUAUGAAGGUUGGCGUUCAAAAGAUGACAGUACUUAUGCUAUAAGUACUCAUAUGUAGAUAAACUUCAACUGCUGUAACUCUUAACAUGUUAUUGUAGUUUUAGAUAUAAGUACUUUUUCCAGUGAACAAAAGCAUAAAGGUUAACAAAAAUGUAUGGUCUGUACGUAACCGAUAUUGCUCUAUUCUAAAUAUCGGUGUUUUAUCAGGUAAAAUGUACUACAUUUACAUGAAUACUUUUCUGAAGUAAAAAUAUAAAUUUUGAGUUUAAUUUGUGUAAUAAUCUACGGUUUGGGUUCAGCUAAGCAGCGCUGUAACUUAUAAGCUUGAUGAUUUAAAGGAUUAAUUACAGGACAUUUGUAAGAACUAUAUCAUUCAUGCGUUAGAUUAUUGUAAAAAACGAAGGAAAAGUAGAACAGGAAGUUAUCUGAUUAGAAAACAGAAAGACGACGGGUGUUUGAUGUUCUGUUACAAUUGUGUCAUACCCAUGUUAACCCCGGAACAAAAUGUAGCCGAUAAGCUGGAAAUGUAAACAUAGCCCUCUCAUUCCUCAGUACGUGCACGUUGUUGAGAGGCACACAGCAUCGGUAGAACUUUUUAGCUCGGUUGAAUUUCAAUUCACCUAAGACACAUUAACUGGUGAAGAUCCAAGCGCGGUUUUGAACAUAGAGGGCUGAACAUAGGGGUCAAACUACUAUCACUUCAGAAUUGGGGAGUGUAACUACUCGCAAUCUACGAACCAGCUGCCGAUGUCUUGACUGAAGCCGAUGAGAGCGGCCGUACAAAAAAGUAGACAAGAACGACGAGGAAGGGUAUUAGGGUGCAUGAGUCGCUAUAACGCAGUGACGACUUGAAGGCAGACCCUUUGCUUGGCACAAACAGCCCUGCAUUAUUAUUACAAGUAACUGUACGUUAAGGUGCUCAUUGACCUCUGUACAGUGCCCUACUUUCAGCUCAAAAUUCAUUUCUUCGGUCAAUGCACGGAAGUAAAUUCUUGAACAUUAAACUUUAAAGGGCAUAAAUGUUGACAUAUCAAGGGUCCCUACUCGACAGUGAAAGCUAAUUGUUAGGCCUUUACGGGCGGAUGGACCCUCACUUAACAAAAAUUACUUGACUUGACGUAUAUAAAAAUUGCUGUCUGCAUACCUGCGCUGUUUAGGUAUCAAUGGUCACAUGGUCAAUUUGAUAACUAAAUGUAACAAAAUUGAUUCUUGAUUCUAUAUAAAUGUUAGAAAAUUUGGCAGUGAAAGUAUCUGGAUUUGGAAAAUUGACUUGAUGAUAUAAGUGAAACUGUAUUUGUAAAUUUUGAAUAGAUUAAUGGUUCAAAAUAUCACAUAAUUAAUGACAACAUACAUUUGUAACUCAUCUUAUGUUUCAGUAAAAUCAUACCAGCAAUCUA